GAAUUAUAAAAGACCAUCAUCUCCAAGUAAUGAUUUUGGAGAGUUUAAAGGGUUCGAAGAUUCAUUUGAUAAAAUAAAUACUGUCAAUAAUGCAGAUAAUAUUAUUGAGGAUUCUCUCGUAGCAAAUGAUGAUAAAAUAUUUCAAUAG